ACAAGUAGAAAACACUGACCAACGUUUCCGAGAUAGAAAUCUGGGUGCCCCCAACACAAGACGAUCCUUUGGAAGCAAAUUCUAUAUCUCUCCCUUGCUGUUGGUCUUGGAAGCUCAACAACUCUUUGGGAUACUGAUCUCUCAAUCAAUGGAUGAACAGCCCUCUGCGGGUGAGGAUGGGGAUAUGGUAGAAAGUUCUAAUGGAAAGGAGUUACUAGCUGAAGAGAGUUCAGACAUGGAACCAUAUGUGGGUAUGGAGUUUGAAUCCGAAGAGGCUGCCAAGGUCUUCUAUGACUCAUAUGCCACACGCUUGGGGUUCAUAAUGCGUGUUGAUGCAUUUCGGCGAUCAAUGCGUGAUGGGAAAGUUGUUUGGCGUCGACUCGUGUGUAAUAAAGAGGGUUUCCGCAAGUUGAGGCCCAAGAGAAGUGAAAACAGAAAGCCUCGGGCGAUCACAAGGGAAGGGUGUAAGGCAAUGAUAGUGGUGAAGAAAGAGAAAACCGGAAAGUGGAUUGUAACGAGAUUUGUAAAGGAGCAUAAUCAUCCACUGGUAGCUACACCUGCCAACGGUCGUCGAAGCGUGCUUCUAUCUCAAACACCCGAUGAGAAAGACGUAAAGAUUCGAGAAUUGACUGCUGAGUUACAGCGGGAGCGAAAGCGAUCUGCAGCUUUUCAAGAACAGCUUGACAUGGUUCUAAGAGAUAUGGAGGACCAUUCCAAUAACCUAUCAAGAAACAUUGAUGACAUAGUUCAAAGUGUGAGGGAAAUUGAAUCGAAGAGGUUAGGCACUUUAACAUAACUAGUGGCUCUAGUAGAUUUUCCAGUUUCAUUUGUCUUUGUACAAUUUGUAUGAAUAUGUAUCAUUCAUUUUCAGAUAUAAAUUUAGUUGUAGGUUUUUCUUUUUGGUCUGGCAAUAUAGGUUGAGCUGGAUUGUCUUGUAUUUGCAUGAAGGAGAUGUUCAUAAUUAGUGAGGUGUUUUGAACAUAUUUAUAACUGAUGAGUUGGUUUAGGUUU